AUGACAGAAGGAAGUCCUCGUGUACCUUCUACAACUACCACUGCAUCAACGACGAUAACAACUCCAACUACUAUCACAACUACUAUCACAACUUCUCCAACUACAACAACAACGACUACCACAACUUCUCCAACUACUACAACAACAACUCCAACUACAACCACAACUUCUCCAACUACUACAACAACAACUCCAACUGCAACCACAACUUCUCCAACUACAACAACAACUAAUACCACAACUUCUCCAACUACUACCAUAACAACUCCAACUUUUACCACAACAACUCCAACUACAACAACUACAACUACUACGAAUCUUCCACCAGCUUCAAUACCUAAACACUUAUCAUUGUCAGACCAAGAUCAGACUGGUGAUGACAUAGUCCCAAUUGUCAUAAUCGUUUGCGGUGGAAUAGGAGGGAUAGUUGUAUGUGUUGCUGUGCUUUUCAUCUGCAUUGUACUCCGACGAAGACGAAAUUCAAAUCAGAAAGACACAAAUGAACAGAAAGAGAACACAGAACUUAAAACGAAUGAACAGGCCGUUCAAUACACCCCAGACCCGGGUGAGGGUGAAACCUCAACUUCAAUUCUGAUCAAACCAAACCCAUCUACAGAUGGAGAGAGUAACGACAAGAACAUGGACCAUGGCAGUAUAAAAGUCAACGAGCUGAAGGAUUAUAUUUCCCAAAGACAUCUGAAUGAAGUGUUGAAAGAUGACUAUAAAAAUACAUUAAUCACUUAA